UAUAAUAAACUUCCAGAUCCGCGUUAAACCGUUCUGAACCCAGACGCCCAGCAGCAGCCCGGUGGUGUUUUAAUUUCACUGCUCCAGCAUGACCUCAGACAUUACCGCCGACUUGGAGCUAGAGCUGGGUGAGUUGCUGCAGGAGUUCCAGGAUGUGGUGGAGGAGUUGAAGGCCCCUUCUCAAAGCAAACCUCACGCUUACCAGCACGUUCUGCAGCAGGCCAAAAGUCGCUCAGGGCUGGGCGACGACAGCGGAGUCGAGGACUCUGAUUGCAGCAGUGAAGCUUCUUUGGGAAACAGUUUGAACACCAGCGAGGAGGAGCUUCACACAGCAGGCAUAACGCUGGCACCGAAAGCCAAGCUAGGAGACACAAGGGAACUUGAGAGUUUUAUCGACAUGUUGGACCGGGAACUAGCAGAGAUGUGAACAGAGAGUAAACGAGCCAUGCAGAGGGGGGAAAAACAGGCCGGGGGCAACAUGGCUGGCUACUGCCGAGCAGAAAGGCAGAUCUACACCAGAGCAGAUCUGAGACAGCGAAAGCUCCCCUGGCUGCUCCAGGGGAAAAGGUUAACAUCGGAAAUUAAAAGGGCACGCCAUUCCAAAAUGCAAGAACACCCUCAGACCCCUGGCAACGCCGCGUCCACCCGGCAAGAUGACGUCCCUCCAGCAUCCGAGAUGUGUGACAUAUUCCUGAAACCAGACAAAGCUUCCAUCUGUCCAGGGAGUGCAAGAAAACACCGCCCAGAGUAAACAAAGCAUGUUCGUGCCACAUAUAAAAUCCCCAUGAGUACUAUGCCAGUAAAGGGCCCUAAAUCCUCAGUGGCGUUUUUUAAAUUUUUUUUAUUUUUAAUUUGUAAAGGUUUAAAAGACUGUUAGAAAUUACAGACGGCACUUUAGUUUCAAACUAAUUUAAAGUCCAAGGGGUUCAGAUCUCCUGCGUAAUAUUAAAAGUUGUUUAUGUGCCGACGUUUCCAGUGUACAGUUCUUGUUAAUAUCAUUUGUUGUACUGUGUAUAUAAAUUGUUGUACAGAUGAAUUAAUCUAAAUAAAGCUACGUUUUCAUUGAA